CUCCUCUUCAAAUCCCUGUAUUUUGUUUUCUACAUCUCUGAUCAAAGGUUGAAUAUGGCUUCUUACGCCUCUUUUGUUUUUGGGGCCUUGUUGUUUAUCUUCUCAACUUCUGCCAUGCAGACCAUUGCCACUAAACACUUUGAUUUCUACUAUCUUGUCCUCAUGUGGCCAGGUUCAUAUUGUAAACAAACCAGUGCAGGCUGUUGCCUUCCCAAGACAGGCGAACCAGAACUAGACUUCUUUGUGAAAGGCCUCUUUCCUUCCUCUAAUGAUGGCAAGGCUCUUACACAAUGUGGGAUGAGCCCAUUCUACCUUGAUGAGAUUUUGGACUUAAAGGAUGACUUAUAUGCUUAUUGGCCUACCAUCAAAUGUCCAAGCACUGAUAGUCGCUACUCAUGGAUGAACACAUGGAAAACAUAUGGUGUUUGCUCUGGCCUCACUGAGCAUGACUACUUUGAGAAGGCGUUGGAUCUUCGAGCAAAGAUCAACAUGCUCUCAAUCUUUAAGAGAAACGGUAUUAUUUCCACAGACUAUGCAGACUACAGUUUGGCCAAAAUCAAGGAAGUCAUCCACAGAGAAAUUGGAGCCACUGCUGCAAUUAGUUGUAACAAGAACAUGUGGGAUGAAUSUCAGGUUUCUGAGAUAUAUUUGUGUGUUGACAAGGAUGCCAUGACAAUCAUACCUUGCCCUGUUCUACCAGACUUCACAUGCGCUUCUCGCGUUGUAUUUGGGUCCUUCACCUAUGACAUGCUCAAAAAUGGCACUUCUCUUUCUGACAAUUAGAAUGCGAACCGGUCGACAAAAGGGAUCGGUAAAGAAACCAAUUGGUUUCAGGCCAUGUCAAGGAAAUGUGUCUUGGUCUAUUGAGGUAAUGUGUAUGGAUGUAGUUUUGUUGUCCCUGUCUUGUGUGUGAUUGUUGUGAUGAAGCUUGUAAGUUUCUGAUGUUUGUAAUAUUAGAAAUAAAGAAAGAGUGAUGAUGAGGCUUCCUCUCAGCAAGGUGCCAACUGGUUAGUUGGUAAGGUCUCUGGCUGGUUGUAGAAAAAAAAAGAAGAAAAAAAGUAUGAGAUAUGAAAGAUUAAUGUUCAAGAGCAUGGUAAGAAUUAUCAAUGAACUAUGUUUAUCA